GAUGCUCUCCUGGGAGGCGGGAAGUUUUGCUCAGGGCAAAUCUGGGAAAUAGAGCAGGAGGCUUUGGCACGUGGGGUUAGGCCCCUCAUACCUGGAAUUCCAGCUGCUGCAGCACCAUGUGUGGGCUCCCUGGAAGGCCCAGGGGAAGAGGGGAAAGCUGAGGUUAGGGGCUGUCGUGCAUUCCUGAUUUCCUUUGUGUAUGUGUUUGAGUGAUUGUGAUUUAGGGUGGGGAUGGGGUUGGGGCUGUUGGUCUCACAUACUUCUGCCUUCGAUUUUAAGGUGAGACUUCUCGAGCCUACUUUGCUCUGAGAACAGAAGGAGGAAGAGGAGAAAAAUGGUUCUUUCGUUUCUAAAGGUGACACAGGAGUCAGUGAGAUUUAGAGAUGUGGCUGUGGUCUUUUCUUCAAACCAGUGGGUUCACUUGAGCUUUCAAGAGAGAGAAUUGUAUAGGGAUGUGAUGCUGGAUACCUGCGACUACAUUGCAUCUUUAGGACACUGGAUGUUUAAGGGAGAAGGGAUGUCCUCUUUGAGGCAAGGGAAGGACCCCUGGAUGUUGGAGAGGGAGGUGACAAGUGCUCCAUGCCCAGCAGCAUGUGAACCAGCGGGGGUGGAUUAUCAUGCCCUUUACGAAUUUGUGGAUACCUUCAGGCAAAGCGCUCACCACACUGAGCCUCCAAAACAUUGCUCUCUCAUUCAGCGCUAUGAAUGUGAUGACUGCACCAUGGCUUUCGCCCUCAGCUCACAACUGACUGGACAUCGGCAGAUUCACCAGGGCUUCCAAGUUGAUUCAACACCAGAGCACGCACAGCAGGCAAAAACCACACAAAUGUGGCCUGUGUCGGAGGUCCUUCAGGGCAUCAAGGUUGGUCUGUGUGACUGA